AUGACAAGCUGCGUGACAUGCCGGAUGGGACGUUCCUGGUCCGUGACGCCUCCACCAAAGAUGCAGGGAGAUUAUACGCUGACACUCAGAAAGGGCGGAAACAACAAACUGAUCAAGAUUUAUCAUCGAGAUGGCAGAUACGGAUUCUCUGAUCCCCUCACCUUCAAGUCUGUGGUGGAAUUGAUUAACCACUACAGGCACGAAUCUCUGGCCCAGUAUAACCCCAAGCUGGAUGUGAAGCUGUUCUACCCGGUGUCCCGGUACCAGCAGGACCAGCUGGUGAAGGAGGACAGUAUUGACGCCGUGGGGAAGAAGCUCCAGGAAUAUCACGGCCAAUUUCAGGACAAGAGCCGGGAGUAUGACAGACUGUACGAGGAGUACACAAAGACAUCACAGGAGAUCCAGAUGAAGCGAACGGCCAUCGAAGCCUUCAAUGAAACCAUUAAGAUCUUUGAGGAGCAGUGUCAUUCCCAGGAGAGGUUCAGCAAGGAGUUCCUGGAGAGGUCCCAGCGGGAGAGCGGGGACAAGGAGAUGGAGAGAAUAAUCAUCAAUUACGAGAAGCUAAAAUCUCGAUUGGGGGAGAUUCAUGACAGUAAAUUGCGGCUGGAACAAGACCUGAAGACACAGGCGCUGGACAACCGAGAAAUAGACAAGAAGAUGAACAGCAUCAAACCAGAUCUGAUCCAGCUGAGGAAGAUCCGAGACCAGUACCUAGUAUGGCUCAAUCACAAAGGCGUGCGGCAGAAAAGGAUCAAUGAAUGGCUUGGAAUCAAGAAUGAGAGUAUAGACGAUCCCUAUUUCCUGAGCGAGGAGGAUGAGCUGCUGCCGCACUACGAUGAGAAGACCUGGUUUGUGGGGGACAUCAAUCGGAUCCAAGCCGAGGAACUCCUCCGAGGGAAGCCCGAUGGAGCCUUUCUAAUCCGGGGAGAGCAGCAAGAAAGGAUGCUACGCCUGCUCUGUGGUGGCGGACGGCGACGUCAAACAUUGCGUCAUUUACAGCACGUCACGGGGCUUCGGCUUCGCGGAACCGUACAAUCUGUACAGCACACUAAAGGAGUUGGUCCUCCAUUACCAGCAUACUUCCCUCGUCCAACACAACGAUUCUCUGAAUGUCAGGCUGGCCUACCCCGUCUACGCACACACGUCCUCCCUGUGCAGAUAAGCCCCUGGAGGACCCCCCCAGGCAGCCAUUUUUGGAUCUUUUCUACGUUUUUUUUUUUUUUUUUUUUUUAG